AACAAGCACGAGCCAAGUACGAGCCGAGUACGCUCGCGUCUGCACAGCCAACGUCUCCUCUAUUUAAGCUGUUCGGGUUGUUGUUACUUGUUAUGCAGUUUCUACAACGGCGCGUAUUUUUCAGACGUCUCCCGGCUGUUUCGUCGCACUGCAGAGGCCGAAACGGCACAGCGUCAAGUUCUUGUGUUCCGAGAGCACCGACAAAUGUUCACCGCACGCGAUACCGACGCGAAGCUGCUUCACCCUUGCAAUCUGUGAGAUGCCGGUUAUGGACGGACGCUUCCAACCGUGCUGCUGAUUGACGUGAUGUGUCUUCGAGUUAUUGCGAUUGGACGAUGUGUGAUAGCAGUGGGAAAAUGUCUUCGAAAGCAGAUGGUAUAAUGUAAAGUGUGCGAAAAGCUGUGAAAUCAGAAGUAUUGCAGUGACGCUACGUGAUCUGCGGUCCUCGCUACGAUGCUUGACCAUCGCGUUGAGUGUGGCAUCAUGUCACGAGCCGCCUUCAAAGCGUCUGAAAGGGAGCGACGGCUUCAAAGCAUCCAGCUGAGCCGUCACCAGGAUCUCGAACCUUUCCACGGUUCAGGAGUCAACUGCUUGUCGCUGGAUCCCGUUGAAGGCCGGUUCCUCCUUUCGGGUGGUGCUGAUGGGGGCCUCUGCAUCCACGACCUGUACUCUGAUCUCGGCAAAACAAAGCGUACAUGCAAGGCCAUCUGCAAACUAACCAAGCACGAGGCACACAUCUUCUCGGUCUCGUCGGUGCACUGGUACCCAUGCGACACCGGCCUCUUCACAUCUUCAGGCAUGGACGGCACCCUUCGUAUCUGGGACACCAAUUCGAUGCAGCAGGCUGACUCUGUGCGCCUCGGUGAACUCAUCUUCUGCCACCAUGUUGAAACGGCACAACCUAACAUUUUGGCUGUGGGAUACAAGAAGCCCUGGAUAGUGCUGGCUGACAUGCGAACGGGCAGCUCAUGCCAGCAGCUUCGGGGCCACGCGGGCAGUGUGCUUGCAGUUCGCUGGAGUCCUCAUACGCCGGGACUCUUGGCCUCUGGAUCCCGAGAUGGUUCAGUAAGGCUCUGGGAUGUGAGGUGCGCCCGGAGCUCCCUGGCGACCCUGCAGGGUCACAAAGGGGGCACCACGGCCAUGACUUUCCUGCCCGAUGGCUUGCAGCUCCUGACCAUGGGCCGGGAUGGUCGGGUCAAACUGUGGGAUGUAGCGAGCCACACAAUGAGCAGGGCGCACUCGGGACUUGCCUGCUGCAAAUCACCCACGCAGAUGUCCGCAACUCGGGAGGUGGCACUCCUUCCAUCCGGCCACUGCCUGCUAGUCAUGAACUUGGUACGAAAACAGCCCCUGCAGGCACUAAGUGGGGCUCACUUUGGGCAGGCCAACUGCGUGCUGCUCAGCAGUGACACCCUGGAGGCGUUUAGUGGUGCAAAUGACCGCACAAUCCUGUGGUGGACGUCGUGUGGCGACCGGGAGCGUGCCCUGGAUGCUUAUCAGGAUGGCAUGCCAGACUCGUGGAGUGAUGAAGGCGAACCUUUCUGAGACAUGUUUGCAUUUGGAACAGAGUUCUUGCGGGCAAUGACACAACCGGCCUAAUAAAGCUCUUGGUUCAUUGUGUCGGCUGGAGCUAGAAACACAAGAUAGCAAAUUUUUAAAAUGGGCAUUGUCGACUCUUUGGCAUGGAGCGUUCUUGCAUAAAUUGAAGAAUGGAUGACAUGCUUGAGAGUAAUUUGGACAGGCUGCUAGACUCUAACGAAGGCAAGCUUUUUAAAGGUUGCAAUGUUCAUUUUUCAUGUGUACAGGCAUCGCAGAGUGCAACAUAAAUAGUCUGAUAAGAAGUUCUUACGUUACAUUGCAGUUUGUGACGUGAAAUGCUAACAUAAGCCUGCAAGAGUGUGUUUGGCAUCCUUCUCACCAUGUCCUAAAUUUUUUUAACACGUGUGUGACAGUUAUAAGUUUGUGUCUGUUUUAGUGCUACCUUGACGGAACUUCAGCAUGUGAAAUAAUUACAAGAAAAGAAUGCUUGCAGCAGGCUGUAUACAUGGUUGUAAUGUCAAGAACAGUAAACUAAUCACUGUUCAGAAUAAAUGCAAAAAUAUUGUCACCAUGAGCUCAGGGGUGCUCAGGUGAGAACCGCCAGUGACAUUGUGGCUUGCUCGUGACAGUGACUGCAUUGACAGCGUCACGGAUGAGCAUCACAGACAAAAAGGAUUGCCCACUGCGGGACAUUGGAGUCUGAUUCAUGGCUUGCACCAGAUGAGCUCCACACGGAGGUCCAAACCUCAUGUGAAUGACAGGUUCUGUGCUAAGCAGCGAAAAUAGCUCAGGCCUCUUGAGGAAUGUCCAGAGGUCAGGACUCCUGGUCACUCUCAGACCAGGCACGGCAGAUCGAUAAGAAUACACAAUGUGCCGAGUUGCUCCGCCAUCAGUAGGCGAGGGUAUGGAGUUUAAAGUUGCCAAAUUUGCUGAGAGCGCUAAUGGUCUGGGAGAGUCAUGCCAGUUGCCAUGGGGAUAGUGGCGAUGGCUUGCACGACUGGCAUUAAGAGUUUAUUUUGCUUAACAUUUACCAUUGCAUUGUGGGUAAUUUAAGAGACUGUGCCACUGUUCCACGGACAUUUAUACAUGCUGCUGUAACGGUGCAAAACUCGCGUGUCACACUAUACAACUAAAGUCGGGAAAGACACCUAUUAGUGCUCUUGAAUGUGUGUGAAAAAGUUUUCUACAAAGGCUGUAAAAAACCUUGGUAGCUUAAAGGGGUUCUGAACCACUUUUUGACAUGAUAGGAAAAUGUUGCCAUCUGUAGAUGAGGCUGCUGUUAACAUAUAAGCCAAAUAUUAAUUUAUUUAUUUACCCCCAGGGUCAAAGACAUCACAGAGGGGAGUGGUCACAGAUAGAGGAGAAGUGAUCCACUGCAUGAAGCAGGGAACUUAGUGCUGUGCCGAAAACAGUGAAAUGUCUCUCUCUCCAGAAUGUCGAUGUACAGCUACGUUGCUGGCAGCCAAGUCCACCAGCAGUUAUUGGCUGAUUUCGUAAUUGCAAGAACAUUCUCGGUGAUAAUUGCUGAUUUUGAGUUAAAUAAAAGAAUACACAUGUCUAUGCUCUCAAAAAGGCCAAUGAAAUGCUUUAGUGUUGCACUUCUGGUAUGCACGCACCAGUUGCGGGUAGGUGCGUCUGCUGAGCAUGGUCUCCGAGGUCGCACCAGUGUGCUGAAUAGCAUAGAUACCAGUGCAAACGUAGCAUGGGACAUAGAGACCAAUACAACCACGUACGGGUGAGACUGGCUUCACCGCAGGAAUCGGGAGACGAUGACUAAGGUGGUCAGCAUGAUGCUGAAAACGAGAAAAAAUGUAUUUGCAUGACUUGUAAGCCAUUGAGCUCACAUGCUCUGGCGAUGUCCCGCGUUGCCUAACGACUUCCUCUCCAGCGAAGCCGAAUGGGAGGAGGCCAUCAGAAGCACGGUACUCCGAAAGCAAGCCCAGGCUAUCCAGAGGGCCCAGGAAAGAGCGGAGCGUCACGGCGUUCUGUCCUUUACGUGGGCGCGGCCAGCGGCUACAAUGGCCUCCCGUUAGGAGGUCCCGAAAGUAGCUCCUCAGGAUUCAAUAAAGUUCGUUGUCUGUCUGUCUG